AUGACAACCUCCAUUUUACUCUCCAACCCUCUUUCCCCACACCUCCAUCUUCUCAAAUCCGAGUUUCCUCCUCGCACUCUCUCCAAACUUCCUCCUUUCCGCCUCAAAACCGCCGUUAACCGGCGCGGGUCGGUCGAAGUCCGCUUGCAGAAUGGCCCUCCAAAAUUGCUCAAAUUCUUAUCGGCCCCAAAAGUUGCAGAAACAGAACCCCAAGCAGCUGAGGACCCGCCGCCGCUAGUUGGGGAGGAUUCUGCCCAAUUCGUCCUGUCCCAACAGAAGAUAUCCUCCUGGAUUUAUUUCUCUGUGAUUUUGGGGGUUGUGCUUUAUGUACUCGACGUCGCCUGGAUCGAUAACUCUAGUGGCUUUGGUAAAGACUUCAUCGAUGCACUCUCCGCCUUUUCCGGCAGUCCGGAGGUUGUCAUGUUACUUCUUACCCUGAUUUUUGCUGUGGUCCAUAGUGGCUUAGCUAGUCUUAGGGACACAGGUGAGAAAGUCAUUGGCGAAAGAGCUUUCCGUGUAUUAUUUGCUGGGGUAUCUCUUCCAUUAGCUGUUAGUACUGUUGUUUACUUCAUCAACCACAGAUACGAUGGUGUGCAGCUGUGGCAACUUCAGGGUGUCCCUGGAUUGCAUGAAUUUAUCUGGUUUGCCAACUUUAUUUCCUUCCUUUUCCUUUAUCCAUCGACUUUCAAUUUGUUAGAGGUUGCAGCAGUUGACAAGCCCAAAAUGCAUCUCUGGGAAACUGGAAUAAUGAGAAUUACCAGGCACCCACAGAUGGUGGGACAAGUGAUUUGGUGCUUGGCUCACACAGUUUGGAUUGGGAACUCAGUGGCCGUAGCAGCUUCUUUGGGUUUGAUCGGACACCAUCUAUUUGGCGUAUGGAAUGGAGACCGAAGGUUAGGCAUUAGAUAUGGCGAGGCAUUUGAAGUUGUAAAGAGGAGAACAAGUGUGGUCCCAUUUGCUGCUAUUCUUGAUGGCCGCCAGAAGCUUCCAAAGAGUUACCAUAAAGAGUUUUUGCGUUUGCCAUAUUUAUCAAUUACGGCAUUGACGCUAGGCACAUACUUUGCGCACCCACUUAUGCAGGCAGCCAGUUCUCGGCUACAUUGGUAG